AUGACGAUCCAUUUCAAGUCUUUAUCAAUGGAGGUCAACCAGCGCCGUGACACCAUCAUUCUAAAGGAGGUUGACCAGAGCAGUAACAUCCCAUUAAACCUGGUUGAAGAGUCGGUUGAUGACAUGUACUUUGGCUGCAGUGAACUAAUGAUGAGAAUGGUCAAGAACAAAUACUUUGAUGAAAAGUUCUUGAACAAAGCAUCUGAAAAGGCCUGGAAUGAGGCCGAAAAGUGUGCAGAAGAGAGAAUAGCCCGUCUGGAGGAUAAGGGUCUAACCAAACAUCACCUGCGUGCCAUCUGUGUUUACACAUCUGAUACGAUUUACUCAGAGUUCAAUAAUGCUGUCCGCAUCGAAAGGAACAACUAUAGGUCCUCAUUCCAGUACCACUAUUUACAUUUCAUGCUGACAUCUGCUGUACAGAUUCUGAAUAACAAAAACCAGUGCCAUACUACUUAUAGACGAAACUCAGAGAGAUUUACUGGUCAAAUCAACAAUAUAAUUAGAUUUGGGUCCUUUGCCUCUAGCUCCUACCAUAAAACCCUGGUACGAUUUGGUACUGAAACUUGCUUCAAAAUCAAGACCUGUUCAGGUGCUCCUUUGAAACAUUAUACAUAUUAUGAUUCUGAAGAAGAAUUAGAGGUGCUCAUCCCUCCUUAUGAGAUGUUCAAUAUAACUGAGAUAGUUGAUGUUAAUAAGAAAAUACAAAAUAUGGGUCUAAAGUCAUGCAAGGUUGUGUACGUCUUGGAGAGUGCAGGGUUUAAGAGCAAUCUAAACUGCAAAGUUGUGAACGGAUAA